AUGGAAGAAUGCAAGGAAGACCAGCUGGAUUAUGAGUCAGAAAAAAUGGAAAUCUUAAGGUUGGCCCAGUCAAAGAAGAACAUAACCCGUCUGAACGUGGACCUCGAAAAGGAUAUGCAGCGAAUAGAUGAAGCAAACCAGGAACUUCUUCUCAAAAUCCAAGAGAAAGAAAAUGAGAUACAGAGGCUGGAAAGUGAGGCCACCCAGACUGGAGACCCCACAGAAGAAGAGGAGUGGGAAAAGGAAAACUGUACCACGAUGGAAAGAGAAACAGCCUUGCAGGAGCUGGAGGAAGAAACAGCCAGACUUGAAAGGAAGAAUGAGACUCUGGUCCACAGUAUAACAGAACUUCAGAGAAAGCUUACAAGGAAAUCACACAAGAUAACCACGUGUGAACAAGGUGAUCCAGACAGAACCCCAGAAGAGUCAAAGGUUAAGCUACAAGAGCUGGAAAUUUCCUGUGCAGACCAAGCAAAGGAAUUGGUUAAGGUAAGGCAAGACUAUGUGUUUGUGGCCCAGCUCUGUGAAGAUCAAGCCCUCUGUAUAAAGAGGUACCAGGAAACUUUGAGGAAAAUAGAAGAAGAACUAGAGACUCGAUUCCUUGAGAGAGAAGUAUCAAAAGUUAUGAGCAUGGACUCUGUGAGAAAAACAUGUAACAGCCAAAAUAAUGAGGGCAUCAGCAGAUUAGAAACGGGGUCUGAGCGCCCAGCUGCAGCCACACCACCGCCCGCCCUCCCGCUGACAGGAAAGGAGACAGUAGUGGAAAGGGCCAAGCAGUAUCCAGCAGUGGCUAGCAGAAUUGUCCCCAAGCCCCUGAGGCUGCCCUUUUACACGACAACACCAGAGCCCAGAGUGGAAUCACCAAGCAUAAGCACUGCCUGCCUUACAGAGAGCCGGUGCCCUGAAGAGAACCUGUCCAGAGAUCUCUGGAUUUUUCGCUCUCUCUUUUUCACCACCCUGUUCUUCAUCAGACUGAUGGGAUACGUGAUCUUCCAUUUAAAUUUUGUAAAUCCGGACCUCCUAGUCAACAUGUUACCCAAGAUACUGAGUAGGGGCGUCUUGUGGAGGCUCCGGAGCUUGCUCUUCCCAUCACUCACCCUGGAGACAGAGGACAUGCUUCCCCACUGA